UUUCCGAAGAAACUCAUUUCAAAUCACAGGGCGAUUGUUGAUAUUUAGCUGCACGUAACUGUUGUGGCUUGAUCGUAAAUUUAAACUUUCAAUCUAUGUUGCGGAAUUGAUCCGUCAUCUUUAUACAACAUGAGUGGACGGAGUAUGCAGGCUCGUCGCCAAGUUGGACUGGAAUUCAUUGAAUUCUUAGAAGAAACAAAUCGAAGAUCCAUUACAGUCAAGCUCGAACUCCGUGACAUCUACAACUCCGAAUUCAGGAACAGAGCUCCUGGACUCAAGGACCCAAACUUCAGUGGGAUUCUGUAUGCUCUAAGGUUGUCCCGAAAAGCCAGGAUUUGCGAUGGACAAGUACACUUCAAUCCCAUGGUGAGGGCUUUUCAUCAAGAUCAGUGGCAAAGACCCCGCCCCCAGCCACCGCAGCAUGGGCUAUCCAAUGGCGUGCCUGUGCAGAAUGGAGUUUCUACUGACCAGGGCGCAGCCCCAGAGGUCUUGUCAGGGGUCCGUGCUAGGAGAGAACUAGCACAUCGUCUCAUCCAGAACCUGAAAGCCAACAGGGCUAUGUAUAUAUCUGACAAAGGGGGGGUCACCAUCACAACUGAUCAUAGUAUGGAGGAGGGGAGAAUUCGCAUCUCUGUGGAUGGAGUGACAGAGGUUUAUGUGGUCAGUCUGUUCGUGGAGAACAAGGGUUCGGGCCCGGUCCACUUCACCUACUACUCUGCCCUGCACUGGAUGAACUGCUUCAUCCUGGAAGAUGAGCACAAAGUCACCCGAGCCAACCCGCUCCAACUCCUACCUGGUGUUCGCUAUGAGAUCCAGGUCAAGUUCAAGCCUAGGAUGGUCGGCUUCUACCCCGCCACUCUGGCCUUCGAGUUCAAGACAGACCUCCUGCCCUCCACCCCGGCCUUCCACAUCGUCCGAUUCCUGGAAGCCCAGUGCGUCACCUCCCUGGCAAGGGAGCUGGCCCCCACAGCCCCCUACAGACGCCGCCCCAUUACAGCUUCCAACUCCCAGUACUUCACUGUGGAGGAUGGAGAGCCUCCUGAAAGCACGGCCAAGCUGCAUCUGGUCCAAGUGGUCCCGCUGAAGGACUACAAGGUGCCGGCCUAUGUAAUGGAGCUCGUUCGUGGCAAUAGGCCAGUGUUGGAAGGUGCUCUGAGCUGGGAGAACUACUCUCAGAAGUUCCAGCUGCUGCUCUACCUCGAAGAGCUGCAGAUGGAGGUGGACAUUAAGAAGUACAACAUGACCAAUCAGCCCAUGCACUUUCACCCCACCAAUAAGAGGUUCCUGGUUCUCGAUGUGCCAGGGGUGUCAGAGAACCGUCCGUCGGUGCUCAGGGGGGAUGCCCUGCUAGUCACCAAGACAGCCGAAGCAUCGCGAGGCUCAGCAGGCCUGGUGAAAUACAAAGGGUUUGUCUACAGAGUGGAACUGGAGACGAUCCAGCUGAACUUCAAUAAGAAGCUGUUGGCAAGCUUCAUAGAUGGAAUGCAGUUCAACGUUGAGUUUACAGUUAGCCGCCUUAUAACUCGCCUCCAGCAGAGGGCAGUAGAGAUGGCCUCCCAAUACAAGCUGGGGGAGGUGCUGUUUCCUUCUGAGAAAGACUCCGUUCCCAUGCCAGACCUCCCUGAUCUCAGGCUUUACGACGCGAAGCUGGAGAAGAACCCAGAACAGCUCAGAGCUAUCCAGAACAUUGUGGCUGGCUCCUCCAGACCUGCUCCUUACCUGGUGUUUGGCCCACCAGGAACAGGAAAAACGGUGACUGUGGUGGAGGCCAUUAAACAGUUAGUGAAGACGAACAGCUUCAACCACAUCCUGGCCUGUGCUCCGUCCAAUAGUGCGGCAGAUCUGCUGUGUAAGAGGAUUGUAGAACACGUUGACAAGCGGCUGGUGUUGCGCAUGUACGCCAGCAGCCGCAACCCCUGGGACGUGCCUGAGGAACUACUGACGUGCUGUAACCUGGAUGAGGACGGGGAGACCUUUGUGUUUCCCUCGAAGGAGAGUCUUAUGGAGUACAAGAUAAUGGUCACCACCCUAGUGACUGCUGGAAGGUUUGUGACUGGAGGAGUGCCCCAGGGUCACUACAGUCAUGUGUUUGUAGAUGAGGCAGGACAUGCAGUGGAGACAGAGUGCAUUAUUCCCCUGGCAGGACUGCUCCAGCCUGGGUCAGGUCAGGUGGUUCUGGCUGGAGAUCCCAAACAGUUAGGACCCAUCCUGAGAUCUCCUCUGGCCAUCAAGCAUGGGAUGGGGCUAUCUCUGCUGGAGAGGCUGAUGAAGGAUGUGUCGCUGUACCAGAAGGGAAGUAGAGGGACCUACAACGACCGCUAUGUUACCAAACUACUGCGCAACUACAGGUCUCAUCCUGCCAUCUUGAAGAUUCCCAACGAGCUCUUCUACGAUGGAGAGCUCCAGGUGUUCGCCGACAAGAUUGUUCGCAACUCCUACUGCAACUGGGAACAUCUGCAGAAGCAGGGUUUCCCCAUAAUCUUCCAUGGAGUAACUGGUCGUGAUGAGCGUGAGGCUAACAGCCCCUCCUUCUUCAACGUGGCAGAAGUAGAGAUCCUGAUAGAAUACUUGAAGAAGCUCUUCCAGACCCAGGGCAAGAAAGGCCUGGCAAAAAUCAGCCCCAAGGAAAUCGGGAUUAUUGCCCCAUACAGGAAACAGGUGGAAAAGAUCCGCAAGGCCAUCAAGAUAGUGGAGAAGGAGCUUAAGAUGAACUUUAAAGACUUGAAGGUGGGCUCAGUGGAGGAGUUCCAGGGACAAGAGAGGAAGGUGAUCCUGGUGUCAACAGUUCGCAGCUCCCAUGAAUACGUCAAGCUAGAUCAAAAGUUCAGCCUUGGCUUUGUCAAGAACGAGAAGAGAUUCAACGUGGCAACGACACGAGCCAAGGCCUUGCUUGUUGUGGUGGGAAACCCCAUAGUUCUGAGAGAAGACCCUAUAUGGGGCAGGUUCAUCCAGUACUGUGAGGAUCAAGGGACUGCUGCUGCUUUUUACUGUCACGCCAUGGAGGAGGAGGAGGAAGUGCUGGUGGAGAGACUGGCUGCUCUCUACCUUCAAGCAGAGCCUCAAGUGGACACGGAAGAGAGUAUGACUCAGCAGCUUUUGGACCCGGAGUGGAGAAACGAGGUGUGAGCCCAUGGCACUCGGGAAUCGUUCCAGAACACACACACACACUCAUCCACAACCAGUACUCCUAGGAAGGAGGGAGUGUGUGGUUUUAGUUUUGGAGAGUGGACUCUGACUAGACUGGACUGAACUGGAAUGGACCCAUCCCGAAGACUAUGGAACAUGACAGCCUAAAGAACUUCGGAAUCCCAUUUUUCUCAUUAGAGUUUAUUUCUUCUGAUAUAUGUCAAGGUCUGAAGCCCUCUGGAAUGUUUUCACUUUUCAGAGAAUCCCUCUGCCCUGCCUUUAAAGUGGUCUCUUGAUCCAGUGGUUUCUUGGAUGCCAUUAUCUUACAGUUUUCCGUGUCUUAGCCAAAGUGCCUUUCAUGACCAAAGCCCUUCAAAUUGAAAAGUACUUGGACUUAAUGGAGAUGAUUAUCAGCACUUUGUUGGAUGAAUUAUUUUGUGAUUAAAUGGAAGUUGAGCUCACUGUG